AAACAAGCUAAUCCGAGCCUAGUACGCCCAAAUGCCUAGUCAUAACAAAAGAGGGAAGGCGCAACAGGCCGCCAACAAAGAAAAGCGCGCCAACAUGUUCACUAAUAAAUCACGCAAUGGUUAUCAAAAGCACGGUAGCUCAAACAAACAUCAUCGUAGUGGCAAUGGUCGGGAUUCGUCGUACCUGUCCUCUCAAGACAGCAGUCGGCAGAACCGCCCCGUUCAGCACACCUUUGAUGCCGAGGACCCUUUCGACCAGCAGUUGUUCGACUACAUCAUCGUCAUUGAUGUGGAGGCCACCUGCGAGGAUAACCACCAGAGCUACCCACACGAGGUUAUUGAAUUGCCCGCCGUGCUCAUUGACGUGCGGCGUGGUCUCAUCGACAAGGAACGCUCGUUUCAGACCUAUAUCAAGCCAUGGCGCAACCCGACGCUGACGGAUUUUUGUAAGAAGCUGACGGGUAUACGCCAGGAGGACGUCGAUGGGGCACCCGACAUCAAGGAAGCGAUCAAGCGCUUCGAGAAGUGGUACUUGGAGACGAUUCCGAGAGGGGCUAAGGCGGUCUUCGCUGCGGACGGCCCGUGGGAUUUCAGGAAGUUCUUCUACGAGUACCAUGUACUGCGUGAUAAUGUUAGUCUCCCUAGUAUUUUUUAUGAAUAUUUGGAUAUUAGGACCACCUUUUCUAGGCACUUUAAUCAUGGUGCACCCAUGAAGCUAGAAGCGAUGCUGUCCCAUAUGGGCCUGAAGUUUAAAGGGCGCCCACAUUGCGGUUUUGAUGAUGCAUACAAUAUUGCGCGCUUAGCGAUUACAAUGAUGAAGGCAGGGUGUGUAUUUGAUUUCCUUGUAGCUAUUCCCUUGGAGGAUAGGCUUCAUUACCACUUGGAGGGAUACCCACUCUAUAGGCGGAAAGAAGGCAGUGGUCAGGUAGAUCGAGAUGUUAUAGAUGAUAUUGCGAAGAAGUGUUUCGGGCAGCUCUACUUUACCUUUGGGAAGGAACACCGCGCAGCGACAUUAGACUACCGUGUAAAACAUCCGAGCUCUUUUAAGAAUAGUAAUGCUGUUUUUCUUCACCGGCAAUUUAUGAAUACUUCGCGACAAUGGCGGUGGUGGUGGAUCAAAAUAUUGUGUGUCCUAAUACUUUUCGCUGGGCUUCUAAAACUAGGAUUAGUAUGGUAUUCUACUGUGUAUAGGCAAAGUAUUUCCAAUUGAGCGUAUUUUCUUUCUUUUUUUCUAAUUGAAAUGAUCUUAAAAAAAAAUGAAAAGUAGAAGAAAGCAACGCCAUAUGUGCAUCUGAAAAAAAAGUAUUCCUUU